AUGGCAGAUCUCAAAGAGAGGCUGCUACCACCAAAACCUGCUUCGGCUCUUAAUGUAAGAGAGACUGCCAAUCGACCAUCUGCCUCUGGAAGGCAAGCUUUCCAAGGGGUGGAUGUUCUGGGGCUAAAGAAGCGAGGUCAAGGUCUCCGAUCAUGGAUUCGUGUUGACACAUCUGGAAACUCUCAAGCCAUUGAAGUAGACAAGUUUACCAUGAUGCGACGUUGUGAUCUACCUGCACGUGAUCUUCGCCUACUUGAUCCUUUGUUUGUCUACCCAUCAACAAUCCUUGGUAGGGAAAAAGCUAUUGUUGUAAAUCUGGAGCAGAUACGGUGUAUCAUUACAGCAGAUGAGGUUCUUCUCUUGAAUUCCCUUGAUAGUUAUGUAUUGCACUAUGUAAUGGAGCUGCAAAGACGGUUGACAACAACUGGGGUAGGGGAGGUUUGGCAACCAGAUGGUUCUGACAUGAACCGAAGGAGAGGAAGUAGGAAUUUUGAAAAUGUAUUUAGCAACUCUUCCCCUGAUUAUUUACCUUUCGAGUUCAGGGCUCUUGAAGUUGCCCUGGAGGCAGCAUGCACAUUUCUUGAUUCUCAGGCUGCAGAGUUAGAAAUUGAGGCUUAUCCGUUGUUGGAUGAACUGACGUCAAAGAUCAGUACUCUAAAUUUGGAACGUGUUCGUCGAUUGAAAAGUAGACUCGUUGCCUUGACGAGGAGGGUUCAGAAGGUUAGAGAUGAAAUAGAGCAGCUUAUGGACGAUGAUGGUGAUAUGGCUGAAAUGUAUCUUACUGAGAAGAAAAGACGGAUGGAGCUGUCAUUUUAUGGAGAUCAGUCUAUGGCUGGAUAUAAAUCAGUUGAUGGUGCAUCCAUUUCUGCUCCUGUUUCUCCUGUUUCAUCACCUCCUGAUUCUCGGAAACUUGAAAAGAGCUUCAGCAUUGCUAGGAGUCGACAUGAGAGCACGAGGAGUUCUGAAAGUACGACCGAAAGUAUAGAGGAACUUGAGAUGUUGCUGGAAGCAUACUUUGUUGUCAUUGACAGCACUCUAAACAAGUUGACUUCGUUGAAAGAAUACAUUGAUGACACAGAAGAUUUCAUAAACAUCCAACUGGAUAAUGUGCGGAACCAGCUUAUCCAGUUUGAACUUUUACUCACAACUGCAACAUUUGUGGUUGCCAUCUUUGGAGUGGUAGCGGGAAUAUUUGGAAUGAAUUUUGAAAUUGCAUUAUUUAAUGUCCCAUCUGCUUUCCAGUGGGUCCUUAUAAUAACAGGAAUUUGUGGAGUGUUUAUAUUUUCUGCAUUCGUAUGGUUCUUCAAGUACAGAAGACUCAUGCCCCUAUAG